UGGAGAAACAGGACCACGCAGCAACCGGGACUGAGAACACGGAGCAGUGGCUGAAGUAUAAAAUUAAUUACAAUAAUAAUUAAACCAUAGCCUGCCCUUAAACAUGCGAAAAACAACACAUUGGCGUUGAUUUCUAUAAGGGUUAGAAAAAUGUUAAGGUCUGAACACAUCAGAUUUAAAGUUUAUGAGGACUUCCUAGAAAACAGCGCACUUCGCUUGCAGUGAGGAUGGUUUCAGAGGCGAAGCGAGCUUGUUAUAAAUUCAAGCUUCAAUCUGUUUAAAAAAUGCAUUCGUCAAAAAUCACAGCGCUGUCAUGUUUAACUUCGUAGUAUACUGCAUGUGAUUAUAUGUAUUCUGUAUAUAGUUUUUUUUUCCUUCACUAUCGACAAAUGUCAGUUCUGUAUACCGCUGUUGGAUAACAGAAAAGCGCACAAAAGCACCGACACAAGUGGACUGGAGACCUAAAAUAUUUUAAUUCAAAGUGAGAAGAAUAGUUGUGACUUUAUCACUAAUGUCUGGAGUUGUAUCUAAAGAGAAGGUGUGCGGCGCCAAUUCUCUCUUCGUCCGCCUUUCCCAAUUUUGACUGAAGAAGAAGUGUUUCGCUGAAGGAGUCGGGAGACAGGAAUCGCAUUUAUAGCGCUCCUUCCUAUACAGUAGGAUACCCCGAUUGCAGUGCCCCGGCAUUUUGUGUGUCGUUCGGGGGGUAAUUUUGUAAAGUGCACGGACAGGAGUUUCUCUCUCUCUUCAAGGGUGCCUUGUGCUGACUAAUAAACCGGACAUCCGACUGUAAGUUUGAACAUCAAUUCCAGUUACCGACGGGCAAAAGGAGAUGGCUGCCGUGGCAACAGUAUCGCUCACUCUUCUCAUCCUCGCCGUGACAACCGCCUACGCAGCUGAUGCAGAAGAAAGGCUAGUGAGCUACCUGCUGGGCCCAGAGCGCUACAACAAGUUAAUUAGACCAGCUGUGAACAGGAGCCAGCUUGUUACCAUUGCCACUCAAGUGUCCCUUUCACAGCUCAUAAGUGUGAAUGAAAGGGAGCAGAUAAUGACCACAAAUGUUUGGCUCACACAGGAGUGGAAUGACUAUCGCUUGAAGUGGGAUCCCCAGGAGUAUGAAGGCAUUAAGAAGCUCAGAAUUCCAUCCCAGCACAUCUGGCUACCAGACAUUGUUCUAUACAAUAAUGCUGAUGGAACGUAUGAAGUUUCCUUCUACUGCAAUGCUGUUGUGUCUAGCAGUGGGGAUGUCUUUUGGCUGCCACCUGCCAUCUACAAGAGUGCGUGCAAAAUUGAGGUGAAGAACUUUCCUUUUGACCAGCAAAACUGCACCAUGAAGUUCCGCUCCUGGACGUACGACCGCACGGAAAUAGACCUGAUCUUGAUGAGCGACUUUGCUAGUCGAGACGACUUCACUCCCAGCGGAGAGUGGGACAUUGUCUCCCUUCCAGGAAGGAAAAACGAAGACCCUGAAGAUGCUACUUAUGUAGACAUUACAUAUGACUUCAUUAUCAAGAGGAAGCCCUUGUUUUAUACUAUAAAUUUAAUAAUCCCCUGCGUUCUUAUAACAUCUCUGGCGAUAUUGGUCUUCUACCUUCCCUCAGACUGUGGAGAGAAAAUGACGCUCUGCAUUUCGGUGCUGCUCGCUUUAACUGUGUUCCUGCUCCUGAUCUCUAAGAUAGUUCCACCUACAUCGCUCGCCGUUCCGCUCAUUGGCAAGUACCUGAUGUUCACCAUGGUUCUGGUGACGUUUUCCAUCGUCACCAGUGUCUGCGUGCUGAACAUCCAUCACCGGUCUCCCAGCACACACACGAUGCCCGAGUGGGUAAAAAGAGUGUUCCUGGACAAGCUCCCAGCUGUGUUGUUCAUGAAGAGGCCCGACAACACCAACGUCAGGGAGAGAUUCCGCAGGAAGCAGCAGAAUUCCCACCCUGACCUCAAAGCGGGCAAAGGUGAUGCCGAUUCCUUCUACGUCAACGAAGAAUCUGCCAAGAAAUAUGGGUGGAAAAUCAGCGACCUGCCCGAAAACACAGAAUUCAGGAAGCGGAUGACCGUCAAAUGCAACCCUGACAUGGAGGAGGCGGUGGAUGGUGUGCGGUUCAUCGCCGAGCACAUGAGGAGUGAGGAUGAUGAUGAAAGUAUAAUUGAAGACUGGAAAUAUGUGGCCAUGGUUAUUGACCGACUUUUCCUGUGGAUAUUUGUAUUUGUCUGCGUUGUUGGGACAGUUGGACUUUUUCUUCAGCCUUUGUUUCAGAAUUACAACUCUCCACAUGUGGCAAAUAAAGAAUAACUUUGACACCACAUAUCGAAACACUACAGUCAGAUACCAUUUUUAAAGUUUACAAAAGGUCACCUACUUAGAAGCAACUCAGGACUUUCGUUUGAUGGCACUAAAUUAAAAUGUGUUCUUUUUUUUCCAAGUACAGUUCUAGAGUUUUUGUCACGAUGUGGAGAUUAUACAAGUAAUAAAACUGUACGGGUGGAAAGUGUACCUUGAUUCCUUAUCCCAAAGAAAAACAAAGCAAUGUAGCAAAAUCAAAAGGGUAAUGAUGACAAAUUAAUAGAGGGACUUCUAAAACUGUGUGUGAAAGGAAAACACAAUAGAAAGAAAGAUGGGGUUCUUUAAUGGGAAGAUGUUUUACAUUCUAACAGUUUAUUCAACAUAGGAAGAGGAAUUCAACAUGGAGAUAAGUGGAGGAGAUCUGUGACAAGAGCCCUUGAACAUCAGACUCUAAAGCAGUAGAGCAUAUUCUCAUUUGUUGAUUUACAGUAUGCAGGGUCAUUUUAUUACUGUGCAAAGUCCAUCUUCUAGAAGCACGGUUUUAUUCAUUCAUUAUUCAAGUACAGAGGGAAAAAGCUCUGUCACUUCAGGGACAUCCUGCCUCAGAAUUGGUCUCAUUGCCUCAGCAUUGGGGUCUGCUGUCUCAGUAUUGGGCCCUACUGUCUCAGACUUAGGGACCACUUACUUAGUAUUGGGCCCUUUUGCCUUAGCAUUGGGUUCUGCGGCCUCAGAAUUUAAACAAAAUUCGUAUGAUGUUCCCGACUUCAGCUCCAUUAACACAACACAUUCUAAUCAAUACCAGCGGGUCUAGGGUUUAUGAAACUACAAGCACAAGAAAAGGGCCGUGAGAUGGCUUCAUGAUGAACAUAGGCAUUUAAAUGUAGGUGAGACACAAUUCAGUGACAGUCUUCCAGUGUUCUCCUCAAGUUUCAUGUCAGUGAAGCAGAGCUUUCCACUUCUAAUAAGAUCUAUACUCUGUGUAUGUUAUAUUUGUAGCAGAAAACAUGCUGUUUUCACCACUGUGAGUCUGAGCAGCCUGUCAGCCCCACAAAAUAUAUCUGUCUAAAGAAUAUUAUAUUCUCUGCUCCUCUGAGGUGUAGAGCCAUAUCUUCACUGUUUUGUCUAACAGAUGUACAGUAUGACAGCUUAUUGGGAAAUGUUGAAAGUUUGAAAAUGUGCAGAAUAUCCAAAAUAGAAGAAAUAAAAAUGUAGACCUAAUGGAAAAGCAUGGCAAAUAGCUUAUCUUAUGUACAUAAUCUUGAUUCAUUUCUAAUUAUUUUUUAAUAAAAAAUAUAUACAGUUGUUUCAUUAAAUAUUGGGAUAUUCAAUGUAUUGUAUUCAAGAUAGCCAAAGCUCUACACUAAAAAGCAGCAUAUUUAAGUAAAAAAAUACUUUUUAAAAUCACUUUUAUUUCAACUGAGAUUCAGAAAUCCAGAGAAGGUAUUCUUUUAGCAAAAUGAAACUGCUAGGGGUG